AUGCAGCAGAAGGCGUUCAUCCUGCUUGUGGCGGGCCUUGCGCUGCUGGCGCGCCCCGCGGACGGCGACCUGGAUGCCACCCUGUUUGCCCCCACCGACAAGGCCUUUGAGGCUCUGCUGAAGCAGCUGAAGCUGACUGCCGCCCAGCUGCUGAACGACACCGCCCUGGUCCAGGAUGUGCUGGCCUACCACGUCAUCCCCGGCGAUGCCCUGGACGCCGACGACCUGAAGAACGGCAAGAGCUACAGCACCAUGCUCAAGGGCAAGAAGCUCAAGAUCAAGAAGAACGACGAGGGCGUGUUUGUGCUGACCGUGGCCGGCCAGGAGGUGCCCGUGAAGAUUGCCGACCUGGAGGCGGGUGACGCCAUUGUGCACGUGAUCGACGAGGUGCUGCUGCCGCUGGAGAGCGAGGGCGGCAAGGCCCCCGCGCCCUCCCCCUCCAAGCCCACCACCCCCACCGGCGACGGCUGCACCUACACCGUCAAGGAGGGCGACACCCUGUUCGACAUUGCCGCGAAGUACGACACCACCCUGGAGGACCUGGUGGCGCUGAACAAGCAGAUUGAGGACCCCGAGCUCAUCCUGCCCGGCGAUGAGAUCAAGCUGAAGGAGUGCUGA